CAAAGAGUCAUACCGCUCUGGGCCGAACAAAUACCCCACUAAACAAGCCCCCGCCUAGCCGCCAGCGAGCUUGUAAUGCUUACAGCCACUAACUGCCCUUGGAAAUUCAGCGGCCUAGUCGAAGAGCCCGUCUGCGUCGUGGGGAACAUGUGACGCCCCUAAACUCAGUCCUUAGUUACGGUGACGGAGGGUUACAACAUUCAACCAAACUUCAAAUCCUCCCUCUCCUUCAACUCUCUCUCUCUAAUCCUCCAAUCCCCCCCUCCCGCUGUCGCCCUACUGCGCGCUCCGCCUUCGAUUGAUAACCGCCACUUCUCACAAACUUGAUCCCGCAAUCAUGAAACUGCAUUACAUCGGCGUACGCUGUCCCUGUGCCCCUCACCGAUCGAUCGAGACCUCCGUCCAGUUGGGCUAACAAAGCUGCUGCGACCAGAUCCUUCGCAACGAGAGCCAGCCGGCUCAUGAGAUCGUCGCUGAGAAGGAACUCAGCAGCUACUCGCGAUUCACCCGCAACAAGUCAGUCCUACCUUAUCAUUGCGACCGCUAUCUCCGUAUCCGGACGGUCCAUGGACUGACUCGCAAACUUGAAACAGCUAUGGCGAAUUCAUGACCCUAUUCGCAAAGACCGUCGCCGAGCGCACCCGCCCUGGACAGCGACAGGAUGUUGAGGAGCAAGACUACACUUUCCACGCCUACGGCCGAACCGAGGGUGUCUGCGGCAUCAUCAUCUCCGAUCACCAGUAUCCUGCCCUCGUGGCACAUCAGCUUCUUAGCAAGGUCGUCGACGAGUUCCUCUCCAAGAACCCCCGCUCCAGCUGGGCCACCGGCACACCCACUCUCUCCAUGCCCGAGCUGAAGGAGUACCUCACAAAGUACCAGGACCCCCAGCAGGCCGACAGCAUCCUCAAGAUUCAGAAGGAGCUUGACGAGACUAAGAUUGUUCUCCACAAGACCAUCGAGAGUGUGCUACAGCGUGGAGAGAAGAUCGACGAUCUAGUGGCUAAGAGUGACGGUCUUAGCGCCCAAAGCAAGAUGUUUUACCAGCAAGCCAAGAAGCAGAACUCGUGCUGUAUUUUGAUGUAAUGGAUCAUUUCGUUUUUCCGGCGUUGGACCUGGCUUCAUUUCAGCAUAUAAGAGAUGUCGGUAUUGAGAUUGGUUAUUCGUGUGGCGCAGAUACUUCCAAUCGUUUUGUCCAUCAUUCAUUCGCAGGGCCAUGUCUUUACAGCAGCUAGACUUGUCGAAGAGGCGGAGAAGAAUCUUAUCACAGGCAGUACGAUCGAAGGCAGAUGGGUGCCAAAUGGGAAUCAUUCUUUUUGACAUGUUAAAAAAAAAAGUCCAUAAAUUGGACAAGUGUGAAAUGCUCACUUAUCACCAAACCUAAUCUGAUCGAAAGAUACACAAAGAAGAAUAAAAUCUGAGUCUUUUGACCCAGAGUGCUUAAGAAGAAAUGAUAACCCCUUUGCUUUUUGAAGAAGAAGAAACUCCAACGAGAUGCUCUAGGGACGAGUCUGCUGUCCCGUGUCUUGCCCAUUCAUGCUUCUCUGGCGCCUUGCUGUAAGUCCGUAAUCCAUAAUGUCCAAACAUAUCCGUCACUGAAAGCGUAGUAUACAAAGGAGACAAACGUAUAGGAGGGAAGGAAACCCUGUGGUAUGUACAAGACGGCUCAAACCAGUUGAGUCCGCCAUGGUGAGAUGCUGCCAGAGCAUCAUGAAAAGGGUAUUGUAGAAAUCGUGACAAAGAUAUAAAAUGAAACCGAAAUGGCGAUCUGGUUGUUCAUCAUGAAAUGCGAGUUUUAAGAUUCCUCAAGAAUUACUCUCUCACUCUUGCGGUGCAUUUGGUAAGCAUCAGGAGAGUGAGUCAACUCCCUUGGGUGCACCAAGGUAGGGGUAGAUGACUUGGUCUCAGCUAGACGCUCAUCCUUCUCAAUUGGGAUGUAACCUGGUCCGCUCGGGCUGCCGUUACCUCGAUGUCUCAAGCUGGGGUUGCUCUUUAGCGGGUGCAGCAUCUUGCGUUGCUGGUGCGAGACGCUGAUCUGGCGAGCGAUGGAGAUCUCAACAGCGUUACGUAAGGCCUCUUGAGCAUCAGCCUCGGGAGCUUGCUUCUUGGGCGAAGCCAAUGAUGAAGAUGGGGAGAAUCGCCUCGAGGUUUCGGCGCCGGAGGACGUGAUGGAAGCUGGGGGCGAGACCAUGUGCCACGAGGGCUCCGAAGGAGAAGAGAGUCUUCCCUUAGCUACCUGAACAUCUUUCUCGUCGUCUGUGUGUUCAGGAGAUUCGGGAACUGUGCCUGGUGAGGGAGUAAAUGGAGACGAAUGUUUGGAGUGGGUGUUGGGCGAGAUAAUGGGCACAGGAGGUGAGGUCUGUUUUGCGGAAGUAACGCUAAUCUUCUCCGUAGACGCAGCACUGGGACGUCUGUUGAACUUGGAGACAAGGGCGGGCUGAUAAUGUGUAGCUUGCGCUGCGAACUUGUUGUGCUGAGAUUCUGACCGCGAAACUUGGGUGACUCUUGGUGUAACUGCCUCAGGGGACUCCUCUGAGUGAUAAUAUGAUGAGUCCAAUAAGGCCGGGGAUGUGUUGGCUCGGAACCGAGGUGAAGGCAGAGGCUUUGAGUUAUCCUGGGAAACAAAAGCUGGUGAGGGCUGUGGCGACGUUGCCCUCCGUGGUCGAAGAGACUCGUCUCGAUUCUCGGCGAUUGCGUCCUUCACAGACUUCAGAUGAUCGAGAGUAGCCUGUCGUCGAGCAAGAAGUGAGGAGGCCGACCCUUGCGGUGGCUGUAAAACACUGUUAAACAUGACACUAUAUCGAUCCAUUUUGAUGCUAGGAAUCUCAACAUCUAACAGAGAGUGAGGAAUAGCAGGCAUCGGAGGCGGCGAUGAGGGCGGCGGUGCGAUUGCUUUUUCUGAUCGCUUCUUGCUAGAGUCACCUCGAAGGCCUCUUAGCGACAUUUUGCGGCCUAUACCUCCUGAACCCGGGUCCUUCAGCUUCGCUUCCUUUGAUGCCUUGCGCUGAAGAGCAGGCUUCUCCUUUGUUAGUUUUCCCGGCGAUAUAGGUUUCGCCUCCGCUGACGUUGGUACCGACCGAGGCACUUCAGCAAUCGUCUGCGCGGGUUCUGAUAUAAUUGGUUCAGUUUGAGAUCGAAUAACGAUAGGUUUAUGCUUUGGCAUUUUUCGUGAACUCUGAUCUGCUGGUGCUGAAGUCGGCAUUCCAGAAGAACCUAAUGAUGUGGUAGAAGUAUUGACACUCUCCGUCAUAGAUCGUUGGGGCUUCUCUGGCCGUGUGGCUCGCUUCGAUUUUGAUCGAAAAAGGCCCCAUUUACGAGCCUUCUGCUGAGUGUCAUCGACAGGCUCUGGCGCAGGCUCUGGUAUCGGCUCCCGGAUGUCGACGACUGCAUUCAUGGCUCUGUUCUGUGGAUUCCAGGGCGCCGGCGCAAAGUCUCCCAUUUGUGUUGGACUUCCAAUUGCCAUACCAACAGCAAUAACACCAGUCUCACCAGAAUCUAUCAUAGAAUCUGGAGUUGAAGUUCGCACCCAAGUCGUUCUCGUCAGUGACGAGGUUCGCGGGCUGUGUUCGGGGGAUGGAAGUCGGCCAUGGAUCGGUAUAUGAAACGCCGUCACGUUGCCCUUCUUUGAGCUCUUGAGAAUGAGUGCAAGAUCGUCUCUGGAAACCCGCUUGUCGAAUGAAUGUUUGGAAAGAGAAUGACUGUCUGUCCAGUCGGCGGUGAAGCUUCCCCUACGACGUUGAUAUCCGGAGGCAGCCGAUACAGUAGCAGCCCGUGACAGAUUUGUAGCCAUGGCUGAAAUCUGUCGCGCGACCGCACGAGGGUGUCGUUUUGUAAAGCGUCUAGAAUAGAUUGACACACAAACAGUGGGUGAAGCAAAGCAAAGCCCAAUGCAGCGCGGGGGCGAGAUCUAUGCUUGGAUUUAGAGGAUAAAAGGCCUUUGUUUUGACUGAUUAGUUCCCUGCAUCGACAGGGUCUGACACAGAAGACGGUUCACCAAGGACCGACUUUCUCAGGGACCAGGAUCCUCUUUAACAAAACCUGCGAUGAUUUUUGGACAAGAACUGACCCUCGUCUCACAGGGACCACCCCGCCUUUCAC